AUGGUAGAGAUGCUGCCAACUGCCAUUCUGCUCGCCUUGGCAGUGCCUGUAGUUGCCAAAGAUAACUCCACGUGUGAUGGCCCCUGUGGGUUACGGUUCAGGCAGAACCUGCAAGGGGCUCUCCGGGUUGUUGGAGGGCAGUCUGCGCAGCACGGGGCCUGGCCGUGGAUGGUCAGCCUCCAGAUCUUCAUGAUCCACAACAGCCGCAGGUACCAUGCAUGUGGAGGCAUCUUGCUGAAUUCCCACUGGGUGCUUACAGCUGCGCACUGCUUCGAUAACCAAAAAAAAAUCUAUGACUGGAGACUGAUUUUUGGAGCACAGGAAAUCGAAUAUGGGAACAGUAAGCCAGUGAAGGCACCUCUGCAGGAGAGAUAUGUGGAGAAAAUUGUCAUCCAUGAAAAAUACAGUGCUGUGACAGAAGGGAACGACAUUGCUCUCUUGAAGAUCACCCCUCCUAUCCCAUGUGGUCGUUUCAUUGGGCCAGCCUGUCUGCCCCAUUUUAAGGCUGGCCCUCCUAAAGUUCCCCAGACCUGCUACGUGGCUGGGUGGGGAUACAUAAAAGAGAACGUCCCCAGGCCAUCACCUCUCCUGCAGGAGGCACGCGUGAAUCUCAUCGACCUUGACCUGUGUAACUCAACCCAGUGGUACAAUGGGCGUGUCAUGUCAACUAACGUGUGUGCAGGGUAUCCUGAAGGAAAGAUUGACACAUGCCAGGGGGACAGCGGUGGGCCUCUCAUGUGCAGAGACAAUGCAAACAGCCCUUUUGUGGUCGUGGGGAUAACAAGCUGGGGAGUAGGCUGUGCCCGUGCUAAGCGCCCUGGAAUCUACACAGCCACCUGGGACUACCUGGACUGGAUUGCUUCCAAGAUUGGACCUAAUGCCUUGCACAUGAUUCAGCCGGCCACCCCUCCCCCACCUACUACUCGACCACAACAGCCCCAAGUCCGACCACUUUCCUCCCGCCCUCCCUCUUCUCGCCCUCCUUGGUAUUUCCAACGGCCAAAUCGCCCUCCUCAUUCUCCUCAUCCUCCUCUUCCACACCCUUUUCUGCCACUUCAAACCCAAUCCCAAACUCCUGCAGCUCAAGCUCAAUCCCCACCCCAAUUUUUACCCUCACCCCCACCUUCACCUCCACCCUCAUCUCACACCAAUCUUCCCCAAGGACUUUCUUUUGCCAAGCGCCUACAACAGCUUAUAGAGGCUCUGAAGGGGAGGGCUUAUUCUAUCUCAAAGAGCUCUUACUAUGAGAUCACAGAGCUUCCAGAAACAAUCCCCUCCUAAUCUAACUCUGUUCUUAAAAAACCU